CAAUUCCACGCACCCGGUAGAGACGAUCCAGAGAGAUUGCAGAGAGAGAUGGCAAGUGGAAUCGCGCGUGGGCGUCUCGCGGAGGAGAGGAAGGCGUGGAGGAAGAAUCACCCGCACGGUUUUGUGGCGAAGCCGGAGACUAGUCCUGACGGAACCUGCAAUCUGAUGGUGUGGCAGUGUACUAUACCUGGCAAACCUGGGACUGACUGGGAGGGUGGUUACUUCCCAUUAACUCUGCACUUUAGCGAGGACUAUCCAAGCAAGCCACCCAAAUGCAAAUUCCCUCAGGGGUUUUUCCACCCUAAUGUUUAUCCAUCUGGAACUGUCUGUCUAUCAAUCCUUAACGAGGAUUCUGGGUGGAGACCGGCCAUCACAGUCAAGCAGAUUCUCGUGGGUAUUCAGGAUUUACUGGACCAGCCAAAUCCCGCAGACCCUGCACAGACAGAUGGUUAUCAUCUCUUCAUACAGGAUCCGGCAGAGUACAAGAGGAGGGUUAGGCAGCAGGCGAAGCAGUACCCACCCAUUCUCUGAUCCCCUGCGUGUUCUUGAACACCGAACUGAAGCCCCUUUUACUUAUUUGUCCAAAUUAAAACAGCUUUUGUGAUUAGAAAAAGAAGGAAGCAUAUGUGGUCAUGAUUUGUGUUGAUGUAGGGUGAAUGAAGAAGCUCUGCAUUCAGGCUUCCAAUACUAGAAGGCUCUUGUCAAACUGUUCAUACGUAAUUAGACAUAUCGUGCUACUCAUCAGUUGGUGUUUUUCACCUCUCUCUCUCUCCUGCCUUAGUAAAGUUUGUUUACAUA